CCCUGAAAUCUCGGAGGUUAUGGAACAUCUGGAGUUUUUAAAUUUAUCAGAUACAGCGGUUAAAGAGCUACACCCAUCAAUUGAAAAUCUAGUUGCGCUUCGAGAAUUAGAUCUCAGUUCUUGCGAGAACCUUGAGGUUGUCUCUGAUUACCUCUUUCGCUUAACCUCAUUACAAGAGUUAAAUCUCCAUUACUGCUCCAAAUUUCAAAACUUCCCUGAAAUCUCGGAGGUUAUGGAACAUCUGGAGUUUCUAAAUUUAUCAGGUACAGCGGUUAAAGAGCUACACCCAUCAAUUGAAAAUCUAGUUGCAAUUCGAAAAUUAGAUCUCAGUUGUUGCAACCUUGAGGUUGUCUCUGAUUACCUCUUUCGCUUAACCUCAUUACAAGAGUUAAAUCUGAGUUCGACCAAAAUUAAGAGCUUACCUGCAAGCAUCAAACAAGCUGCUCAGCUGUCUCGCCUAUGCCUAAGAUAUUGCUGGAGCCUUGAAUCUUUACCAGAGCUCCCCCCAUUGCUGCAACAUCUUGAAGCAGAUGUUUGCACGUCACUGAAGACAGUGUCAAGUUCAAGCACUGCAAUCACACAAGGUUGGGAAGAAUAUAUAUUUUCUAGAGGGCUUCAUGAGAAACAUAUAUUUUCUUAUUGCCCAAAGUUGGAUGAGAAUGCACGAAGCAACAUAAUGGGUGAUGCACAGCUCAGAAUUAUGCGAAUGGCAAUUGCGUCGUCAAAGUUUAAAGAAGACAAAAUUGAAGAAGCAUAUGAUUCCUAUUAUGCAGAUCAAUCAAAUCAAUAUAAGGAAUUUUUUGGCAAGAGAUCUUUGGUUGCCAUUAGUUGUUGGGGGUAUGAAAUUCCAGAUUGGUUCAGCCAUCAAAGUGAGGGGUCUUCAAUAAAAAUCAUGCUUCCUCGUGAUUGGUUUAGCACAGAUUUCUUGGGUUUCGCUCUAUCUCUUGUUCUUGGCCAUGGUCAUCGGCAUUGGUCUGUGGACAUUACAUGCAAAUACAACUUCAAAACUAGUAAUGGUGAAAGCCAUGAAGUAAACCAUCCUUUGAGUAAUCUGCGCGGGAAUAUUGGCAUAGAUUCACGUGAGGUGUUUGUGUGGUGGUAUAAUAAUGUCUUUGAAGAAGUUGUAGAGGGAGCUCAAAGCCCCGCUGCUUUUUACAAACUUGUUACUGAGGUCAAUGUUGACUUCAACCUUGCUUAUCAACGCCCCCUCCCCGUUCGGGUUGGGGUGGAGGUGGAAAAGUGUGGGAUAUGUCUGUUGUAUGGCAAAGAUGCUGAGAUGAUAAAGCUGAGGGCUUUGUAAAUUCAAAUUAUCUUUUUAUUUGAGCUGUUUGCUUUGCAAGCCUUGUAGCUGAGGAUGCUUUUGAGUUUGUUAGGCUUAGGGAUGUCUUUCUUGUUUGGCUGAGGAUGCUUUUGAGUUUAAUUUGUCACGCCCCAUGUAAGCCAUGUAAUAUUCUUCAUUGAAUUCAAGUAUUAAAUUGUUAAAAGUUAACAGUACUAAA